AUGACAGCGCUGCGUAAGGUGCUGGUGGUGAUCGGCACGACGGGCGCAGGUAAGACCAAGCUGUCUGUGGACUUGGCCAAGGCAGUAGGCGGCGAGAUUGUCAACUCAGACGCCAUGCAGAUGUACCGAGGGUUGGACGUGGCCACGGCCAAGAUCACCGAGCAGGAGAAGCAGGGAGUGCCCCACCAUCUCUUCGACGUGGUAGACCCAAGCUCCCGCUGCGACGUGCUCGACUUUAAGCGCUUGGCUUUGCAAACCAUCGACGACAUACUGGCCAGGGGUAAAGUACCCAUCGUCGUGGGUGGCACCAUGUACUACACGCAGUCUAUCCUAUGGAAGUCUCAACUUCUGGACGAUCAGACGCCAGAAGAACUGUAUGUCCGGUUACAAGCCGUAGACCCGGUGAUGGCCGCCCGGCUGCAUGUCAACAACAUGCGUAAGGUGCAGCGCAGUCUACAAGUAUUCGAACAAACCGGUGUCCCUCAUAGUGAGCUACUGGCCCAACAGGAGCAGGGGCAGAGGAACAUUGAGAAAUAUUUCGAUGCUUGUGCGCUCUGGGUGCACGCUAGCAAACCGGUGCUUAGCGAACGCCUUGCGAAGCGUGUGGAAACGAUGUUGAGCUCCGGAUUAGUAGAAGAGAUCCGUGGGCUGCGUGUCCAUGUGAAGGAGAAUCCACCGCGAAUGAAUCCGGACAGCGAAGAUGAUGAAGAAGCGCAGAACUCUGUUGGUAUUCUGCAAGCUAUUGGAUACAAAGAAUUCCAGCCCUAUUUCGACGCAUUAGAGGCGAAUAGCGGUGCAAAGGAGGAGGGUUCCAAAGAGCUGGAGACUGUUUUAAACGCGUGCGUUGAGCAGCUAAACAUUGCAACGCGUCAGUAUGCUCGACGACAGCUCUCGUGGAUCCGAAACAAGUUUGUAACCAAGAACAUCCCUGUAUACCAAGUGGACAGCAGUGAUGUCGCUCGAUGGGACACUCUUGUGGCUCAACCUGCUGUUGACAUUGCUCAGAAGUUCCUGAAGGGUGAGCAGAUCACGACGUACCAGAGUGUCCAGCAGCAAAAACCCGAGGCGACUCAAGCAGCUUCGUUAGAGGACAAGUUCCAAAAAAACACAUGCACGGUCUGUAAUGGGCGGGAAUUCACAGGGAAGAAGCAGUGGGCUGAGCACUUGCGCUCAAAGGGACACAAGUACCAUCUCAAGCGAGUACAGAUUGAGAAGGAGCGAGCAGAACGUGGAGAACCACCAAUACCCAACAAGAAGCGCCGACAUGAGAAGGAUGUUAGAGAUGAAUCGCCAUCACAGACGACAGAUACUGAGGCACAGACGUCCGCAUAG